AUGGCAGGAUUUUCUUCCUCAUCCACAAUAACAGCAUCAGUAGCAGAGAGGAUAUCCUGGUAUUGUUCUCUGGUCCUGGUGGUUCUUCUCUUGCUGGGUUGUUGUGAUUCAAGCGAAAGUGAGUCGCUGGUUCGAAUGAAUCUGAGGAUGAUCAGCAAACCUUGUGAUGAGAUUUACGUCGUUGAAGAGGGAGAAACCCUACAUACCAUAAGCGAAAAAUGCGGUGACCCUUUCAUAGUUGAAGAGAACCCACAUAUCCAUGACCCAGAUGAUGUCUUCCCUGGUCUUGUUAUCAAGAUAACUCCUUUCAAGAUUAGAGACUGGUAG